AUGUUUUUAACAUUAGGUUCAAUAUGCCAUGCUGGUGACCUUGACUACUACAACCUAUUAAAGGAGCAAGAGAAUCUGAUAGACCAAACUACAACUAUAACCAAGUACGUACUGUCUCGGAGCCACUUCCUGAAUUUGUUGACUGGCAAUCAACAUUGAUUAAUAUUUACAAUGGAUUACAUUGUACACCUUGAUUUCAAUCUAUAUAUUGUGUACCGAAUUAUGGAUAAAUAGACAAUGACAUUAAACAAAUGUUCUUACAUUCAACAAAUUAUACUCUUGUGCCAUUCCUUUAGACCAAAAUGGAUUUCAAUUCAUGGAACUAAAUACAAAACUGGUUGUGUGUUGUGGAUCAAUCACAAUGAGCAGGAAACACCAUGCUUCGCAAUUGUGAAAGACAUCUGCAUUGUUGAAAGAGAUUUGAUCGGUUCGUGGUUCAUCGCUGAAGUAUUGCACACAGUAGCUUUGGUUAAGCAUUUCAAUGCUAAUGAAGUGAACGAGACAGUGAAUUUACAACUAGUGAGACAACACCAACUUGUUUAUCCUCUGCCACUUCACUUGAUCACAGCUACAGAUCAAGAACAAGUGCGAACCUUUGUUUGCCCCAAAUAUCAAGUUCCAGUUUAA